AUGGAGAAGCCACCACAACACGAAACGACGACGGCAGCAGACAAGGAGGAGGACCAUAUCAGCAAGCUGCCGGACGACAUUCUGGUCCAGAUCCUGUCCUUGUGCCCCUACAGGACUCUCAUGAGAACGGUGUCGGUUUCAACAAGGUGGGAGCGCCUCCUCUCCCAACUCCCGGACCUGACCUUCUGCCUGUCGUUGCCUGUGGACACGACGUCCAAGGCCACGCCGAGCGAGGAGCGCGUCCAGAGCAUGGCGCGGACGCUUCGGCGCCGGUGCGCAGACCACCACACUAUCAAGACGCUUCGUCUGGUUUACAGGAAGGACGUGGCCAUGGAAUGCCGGUACGCAGACGACAUGAUCGCGCUCGCCAACGCCACAAGGCUGGUUCUCACCCCCCACGUGGGCAAGGACAAGGAGUUCUUACCUGACGCGGACGCCGGCGCCUGGUCCCUCCAGCUGCCACCCACUACGGUCGAGCUGCAGGUGCUGCCGUUCUCGUACGCCGUGAGGCCGCCGCGCAUCCACGGCGCCGACGUCAGCGUCCUUCGGUCCCUGACGUUGCUGGGGCCCACGGUGGUGCGCGAGGACUUCCCGCUCGCCGCCACCGUGUUCCCGUUGCUGGAGGACCUGCACAUCGGAGAGUGCACGCUCGCUGUCAGUAUGAGCAUCUCGUCGGACACCAUGCCUCGCCUCAAACACCUCCGCUUCACCGACGUCAGCGUGAGGACGGAUGACACCAAAGCCGCCAUCACCGUGCUCGCCGAUGACCUGAGGACUCUCCGCAUGUCAUGCCCUUGGUACAGCAAGACUGAAUCGCUAUCGGAGCCGCUGAUGUUCUUGUGUCACUAUGGCGCCACAGCCGUGUUCACCAAAUACUCGUUGUUCCGCUUACGCGCACCCAAGCUGGCGGUGUUCGAGUGGCGAUGCUGCUAUGCUGACGAGGUGCGCAUUGAGGCCGUGGGCCGCCUCUCCGACGUCGCCAUCGAGGUUGCCGCCGGUAGGACGCAGACGCCGACUCCGAUUGGCACGGAACCCAAGUACGUGACAAUACAACAACGUGACAAACUUGUGACCGAUAUCCUUGAAGGGCUUAUGCCUGGGCUGCAGCCGCGCACUUGGAAAGAUGUAAGAAGGAAAUGCAUGCAACGUGAUGACAGGUGGUUGUGCUUUGAAGACACAACAAGUGCUUACCCUGCUACCGAAUGA